AUGGUAUCUGGUAACGAUGACAAUUCGGGGACCACCCAAACCAAUGCAUGGCGUACUAUUCAAAAGGCAGCCAGUAAGGCUAUGGCUGGUUCUACUGUCUACAUUGGUCCUGGAACAUACUAUGAAACUGUUACAAUACUCGUCCAAGGGAAUUCCUUCAAUGGAUCAAUCACAUUUACUAGUUUAAUGCCAGAUAACUCAGCGAUUAUCUCGGGUGAAAAUGCUACAGUUGCAUCACCCGAUGGUACACUAAACUUGAUCUAUAUAGAAAACAAAAGUUAUUUAAAUAUUAUUAAUCUUGAAUUGUCUAAUUUGAAUAGUAGCGAAUGUAGUGGAGUCAGGAUUGUUGGCGACGGAACACGAAUUGAGCUUCGCAAUUUACAUAUACAUCAUAUACUUGGCGGAGGAAAGACAGGUGGAGCGAUGGCAAUUACUGUUUAUAACAAAAAUCAAGAGACGAGUCUCAGUAAACUAAUCAUCGAUAAUUGUACAUUACAUGAUUGUGAACCAGCUUGGAGUGAGGCUUUAACUCUUAAUGGUAAUAUUGAAUUGUUUCAAGUGACUAACAAUCGCGUCUACAAUAUGAAUAAUAUUGGCAUCGAUUUUAUAGGUGGAGAAAGUAACAUGGGAGCUCUUGGGGCUCGUUCUGGUCAAUGUUAUUAUAAUACAGUAUGGAACAUUCAUUCUUCAUAUGAUUCUAGUGCAGCUGGUAUUUACGUAGAUGGAGGAUCUGAUAUAAAUAUAGGAAAGAAUGAAGUUUAUAAUUCGGAUGCUGGUAUAGAAAUCGGUGCUGAAAAUCAAGGUCGAAUAGCGUCAGGAAUGGUUGUUCAUGAAAACUACAUUUACAAUAAUGACAAAGCCGGUCUUCUCUUUGGUGGAUACGAUUCCGAGUAA